CUGAGCUGUUGGGAGCGGACUCGGGGCCGUUUCGCGAGGCCCUUGUUGCCGGUGGGGGUUGGGCGGCCCGAUGGCGACGUUCUUCGGGGAGGUGGUGGCGGCGCCGUCCCGGGCCGGGGUGGACGACGAGGAGGAGGCGGCGGCGGCGGAGCGCGAGGAGACGCCGGAGGACCGCGAGAUCCGCAGGGAGCUGGAGAAGAAAAGGGAGGUCCACAUCCUUUGGAGUUCGAAGUUAAGUGCAUCUACUGGAAGCUUUACAGAUGAGCAGUUUCCUUGCUCUAAGUUUAUAUUGGCGAUAGGACAUAAUGCUGUAGCUUUCCUGACCUCAUUUGUUCUGAAUUCUGGAUGCUGGGAAGCAGUUGGCUCUGUCAAAUUGUGGAACGAGUGGUGCAGAACAUCAAAUACAACAAGUGUUCUUCCAACAGAUGCUUUCUGUUUGUUCUACAAAUUAAUAUCUGAUCCAACAGUAUUGUUGUGCCAGUGCAAUUGCUAUGUGGCUGAGGAUCAGCAAUUUCAAUGGCUUGAAAAGGUUUUUGGCUGUAUGCGGGAGGAGGAUCUGCAAGUAACCAUUCUUUCGACAUGUCCUGUAACUGAUUAUAAAACCCCUGAAUCCACUUUAACGCUUCCUUCUCCUUUUCUGAAAGCUUUAAAGACAAAAGAAUUCAAAGAGAUCGUCUGUUGUCCACUGCUGGAGCAGCCAAAUAUUGUACAGGGUCUCCCUGCUGCUGUUCUGAGUUAUUGUCAAGUAUGGCAGAUUCCUGCAGUGUUGUAUCAGUGUUACACGGAUGUCAUCAAACUGGACACUGUUACAAUUGAAGCAUUCAAGCCUGUGCUUUCUUCUAAGAACCUGAAGAGUUUAGUCAAGGAUAUGUCCAAAAGCACAGAGAUACUGAAGAAAUUAGUGACAACCAAUGAAAUUCAUAACAACAUUUAUACAUAA